CUGUGCCCGUGAGUCCGUCGCCCACUAGCCGUCCCGGCAAGCUGCUCUUCGCCGGAAUCCAUCACCGUCCACUCGGCCAGUCCUGAUCCGCUGCUUCUGUCUCUCUCACUCAAACUCAGGCUCUCCCACUUUCUCACUCUCAGGAAUCUGCUCGUAUUGCCGGAGGAUUUUGGGUCCCGGAAACUGCUCUUGUAGUCUGAUGGUUUCUGUUUUGUACUAUUUGUUGGUCUUGCAACUUGCAGUCGUAACCAGCUAUCAUGGAUUGGGCAUUUGUGAAUAGGAACUGGGAGAAAUGGGCAUGCAACAGUGUCGGUUCUGAUGGUCAACCAUUGAAGGCAGCUCUCCUAAUCAACUAUGAUCCAACUGGACCUUCUCGCUUACUGUCUACGAUUGCAGAGGAGGAAGGUAUAGAAGCAGAUCCCAUUGAAGUGGGUCAGUUUGUGAACUUCAUCAAACGAGGCAAUUACCAGAGUGAAAGUUUCUUUAUCGAGUCAAAUCAAUAUGUUGUUACAUCAAUACAUGAGAGUUGGUUUUGUGGAAGGUGCAUGAACACUUCAAAGCCUGCUGGUGAAGGAGCUAUAGUCUACAAAACACCAUCUUUUCUCUUCAUUGCAUUAUAUGAUGGCUCCAUUGGUGCAGCAUCUCGUGCAAUGGCUGCAGUCGAUCGUUUUGUAUGGCAGUUGGAACGAAGAAAUCUUUGAUCAUGUAUAGCUAGAGGGUAUGCUCUUUGUUCACUUAUUUGGUGCUAUGAGAUCGUUUCCCACACUGAUGGGAUGUGACUGGACAGGCGAGAGUGAGGUAGGCCAUGGAAGAACCGUGGAAGGUUCUAUGGUUUCAAUUUGACAUGGGUAGUUUAGUAGUUUAUCACUUGACUUGUCUCCAUGAUACUUGUUCCGCCUAUUUUGGUGGGACAAAAAAAAUGCAUGUGUCCCAUUCAGGUCUUGUCUCACUCUAAUGUCGCAUCAAACAUGAAAC